AUGCACAAUGGCAAUAAUCGCAAGAAGCAUGGCAGCGUGAAGGUUACGCGAAGAAACAGCAAGCAACAAUUGACCCUCAGCGAAUUGCAGAGCCGAUUUGAAGACCAAAGUAUCAGCAAGCCCGGCGACGAGAGCACAGAUAGUUCAGACGCCAGCAUUCCGACUCCCUCCACCUCCGCUUCCAACAACAGCUCAAACGCGAACACGACCACGACAAACACCGCGAGGAUGUCACGAGCCCAGCGCAAAGCGUCAUCGCCAAUGGCUCCUCCUUUUAUGGUGUCUGCUCCCGGAAAAGUCAUUGUCUUUGGAGAACAUGCCGUCGUUCAUGGCAAGGCCGCCCUUGCUGCAGCGAUUUCCCUACGAUCCUACCUUCUCGUUACCACCCUCUCUAAAUCACAGCGUACCGUCACCUUGAACUUCCGCGAUAUUGGCUUGGAUCAUACGUGGGAGAUUGAUUCGCUACCAUGGAAUGUAUUCAAGCACCCCACGAAGAAGAAAAUGUACUACGACCUUGUCACGGAGCUAGAUCCGGACUUGGUAGAGGCCGUUAAACCACAUGCCGCUGCAGUGUCGACAGAUAAGCCAGAUGAUGUACGCAAAAUCCAUAGAAGCUCCGCCGCACAAUUCUUAUACCUAUUCCUCUCAUUGGGCUCGCCCGAUUCCCACGGCGCAAUCUAUACUCUACGAUCUACGAUUCCAAUUAGUGCUGGUCUAGGAAGCAGCGCAAGUGUCAGCGUCUGCCUCAGCGCGGCACUCUUACUUCAGAUCCGAACAUUGGCCGGGCCGCACCCGGACCAGCCUCCCGAGGAGGCCGAAGUGCAGAUUGAGCGUAUCAACAGAUGGGCAUUUGUGGGUGAACUAUGCAUUCACGGCAACCCCAGUGGUGUUGAUAACACAGUUUCCGCCGGAGGCAAGGCGGUCCUUUUCCGGCGGAGCAAUUAUAGCAAACCUCCCUCAGUCACACCGUUAAAUAAUUUCCCUGAACUGCCAUUGCUGUUAGUCAACACGCGUCAAUCUCGAUCUACUGCUGUCGAAGUUGCCAAGGUCGGCAGGCUACGAGUAACACACCCACAGGUGACAGAAGCUAUGUUAGAUGCAAUUGAUAAAGUGACAAUGUCAGCCAACGAGAUGAUCACAUCAGAAGAUUUUGAAGGCGACAACGACGAACUAGAGAAAUUCGGCGCUCUGUUCCGCAUCAAUCACGGCCUCCUCGUCUCACUAGGCGUUUCGCAUCCCCGUCUCGAACGCAUCCGCGAACUAGUUGACCACACCAACAUAGGCUGGACGAAACUGACAGGUGCAGGCGGUGGUGGAUGCGCGAUAACGCUCAUGCGACCCGACGCAUCCCCACAGGCUCUACAAGAACUAGAGCAGACACUCGCGGCAGAAAACUUUGAGCGCUUCGAAACAACACUCGGCGGCGACGGUGUUGGCGUGCUGUAUCCUGCCGUUCUCCGUAACGGCACCGACGAAGAAGGCGGGGAAGAGAUUGAUCAGCAGAAAUUCGAGAAUGCCGUUGGAAUCGAAGGCAUUGAGCGUCUUGUUGGCGUUCACGCUGCAAGUAACACGCAAGAAAGACGAGAAGGCUGGAAAUUUUGGAGAAAAGCAGUUAAUCUGACUCGGUAA